CGGGGCCGGGGGCCGCAGGCCGGGCCUCCUAAAGGGGCCGGGGGCAGAGGGUUUGUACUUUCAGAGGGGUUAAAUCGCUGUGUUUCGCACUCUGCUUCCCUUUAUUUUUUAAUAACCCGGAGAUCUGUUUUUAUGACGGCUACUCUCGUGCUUUCUUUGACGGAUUAACUUCUUUUUAAUUUUUUUAAGCUAAAUAUUUUCUUUAAUAAUAGAAGUGUCAGGUUUCGUAUUCCUGCUUGUUGCUGGCAGGCCUCUGAGAGUUUUCUGUGUGCUGUCUCAGGGGUGGGAAUGCCCCGAUUUAAGCGGUCCUGGUCCUUGAGGUGAGGCCAAGAACGGGCUGGUCCUUGGACCCUGCCCUUUGAGGAGGCGGUCGGGGUCCGCCGUACUCCUCUCACCCCUUUCGCUAACGAGCUCUCAGAGGCAGGGCGUGAGCAGCUCCGGAGAUGCUGCGUUAGUGUUCUCUAACUUCAGCAGCACUUACCCCAGAGAGUGUUCUGCAGAAAAAAAGAAUACAGUGUCUGUUUGAGUUCCAUCUUGUCCGGGACUGGUUUCCUCUCUGCUGUCAGCAUGGCAGCAUCGCUUAGAACUCUGUGGUCCAGCUGCUUUCGGAUGCGUUCAGCAGCAACCUCUAAGCAGGCCCCACUGCAGAAUGGAGCUGUGUAUCAUGCUUGCCAUAAAUCCACUUACUCAGUCCUCCCUGAAGACUACAAUUGCAAAGUGGAACUUGCAGUGACAUCAGAUUUGAAGACAAUUGUCUGCUACCACCCUUCGCUUGAGAUUCCAUACGAGCAUACAAAACCCAUACCACGGCCAGAUCCAGUGAAUAAUAAAGAAGAAACCCUUGAUCAAGUUUUGAAAUCCAGACUGAAUGAAAAAGAGCUAAAGAAUGAUAGCGGUCCUACAAUUGAAGAGCUCAGCAAAAUGUUUUACACAACAAAACAUCGUUGGUAUCCUGUGGGACAGUAUCACAGAAGACGCAGGAAUCCUAAUCCUCCCAAAGACAGAUAAUUAAGAUAACUUCUUGUUCAUCAACACUUUGCUGUUAAUCUUUAUUAGAAAUAAAAAUUACAAAGUGAGAUGUUUGGCAAUUCUAUGAGAGUAUUAUAACUAAAACACACUUGACUAAAUUUGACUAUUAUUUUCUACUUCAGCUAGUUGACAGAAAAACAAAACUGCACUGCUGAAACAAGGAGCCAGCAAAGGCUGUUGCACGGGCAGUGAAUGUGCUAGCCUUAGAACUGGAUGUAAGGGGUGAUGGAGUGCUCUGAUUAAACUUAGUCAGGGGCUUAUUGUUGGUGAAGUGAAUACAUAAUGUCAAAAUGGGAAGUCUGCAACUGGGCAUGUUGGAGCUUGGUGUUAUUUUGGGGCUAAUUUUUUUUUUGUUAGAAAUGGAGUAAUUGAAAGGCAGGCAAGAUUGAAUACUGAUGUAUUAAUGAAAUAAAGUGUUGAUGAAAAAUA